UUUACGCACGGUUUACACUUAUUAAUACAACCAUGUGUGCUGUAUAAACCUGAGCUCCUUCAGUAAAUAAAACAAGGCAGUGUCCUUAAGCUAGGGUGUGUUCUUCAGAAUAAGAUCAGACAGCUCACAGACAGGUAAAGGGUUGGGUUAGGAUAAGGAACAGAAGCAACACAACUGACAUUGGGGAGGUAGUGAGCAGGAUUCUGAACAGGACGGUCUUCAGGAGGUGUGAUUCUGGAUUCUGAACAGGGCGGGCUUGAGGAGGUGUGAUUCUGGAUUCUGAACAGGGCGGUCUUGAGGAGGUGUGAUUCUGGAUUCUGAACAGGGCGGUCUUGAGGAGGCGUGAUUCUGGAUUCUGAACAGGGCGGUCUUGAGGAGGCGUGAUUCUGGAUUCUGAACAGGGCGGUCUUGAGGAGAUGUGAUGUGAUGUGAGGGUAAUGCAUACAAACCAGCAUGUCAAUAAGAUUGAUCAAAGCUGCCAAGACCCAAUCGCGUUCGGCACCACCCACAAUGGGACCGGCCCUUCCGAACUCCGCUGACGGGACCUGCCAGCUCGGCGCAGGCGAAGCGGUGUCUCCUCGGAACCGAUGAGCAGAAGCGACCCCGCUGACCACGCCCCCUGUCCGGGCGUGUUGCUGUGUAAUCUAGCGCUAAGUUUUCAGGCUUCAGAAACAAAUAGCGGGCUGGUUGCGGCGGAAGAUAGAUAUAUUCUUUCAGCUGGAAGAGGGAGUGUUUUGUUUUGAAACGGGAUGAUAGUUUGCAGUAUGGGAAAGCAUUAACAAGUGUUGCCUAUUUAACUGUGUAUUUCCAUUUAUCGAAUGUAAAACAUUUCCUUGGGUAUAAAUAAAUAGAGACCGGAAAAAUGAACCGAGGAGCAGGGGUAGAUGCUGCGGGUGAGUCGAAAGAGACCGGAGAUGCUGAUGCCAACCCAGCGGGCGAUGCAGAAGCGGGUCCCGGGGAGCCGGAUUCAGGUCCCCCCGCCGCCGACGCUUCGGGACUAGAUGUCGUGUCAAUGCUUUGGACUUUUGGGAAAUGCUUGGGGUCGCUUUUGCCCGUUUAUCUGGCUGGGUAUUUGGGUCUCGGUAUCGGCGUCGUGGUUUUCGGGCUAAUGCUGUACAUGGGAUGGAAGUUUGUUCGGGAAGGCAAACAGAACCGGCUGCGGUCCGCCAUGUACUUUCUGGAGAAUGAAGAAGACGUCACCACCGCCAGGAUUUCCAGGAGCAAACGGGACCUGCCCGCUUGGGUAAACUUCCCUGAUGUGGAGAGAGUGGAAUGGCUGAACAAGAUUCUGCAGCAGGCCUGGCCCUUUGUAGGGCAGUAUCUGGAGAAGCUGCUGGUGGAGUCGAUCGCUCCCACUAUCCGGGACUCCAACCCACAUCUGCAGACCUUCACAUUCACCAAGGUCAACCUGGGAGACAAGGCUCUCAGAGUGAUUGGGGUGAAGGCUCACACUGAAAUGGACAAAAGGCAGGUUCUCCUGGACAUGUAUGUCAGCUAUGUCGGGGAUGUUGAAAUCAACGUGGAGAUAAAGAAGUAUUUCUGCAAAGCCGGAGUGAAGGGUAUUCAGCUGCAUGGAAUGCUGCGGGUCAUUCUGGAGCCCCUGAUUGGAGACGUACCACUAGUGGGCGCCAUCACGAUGUUCUUCAUUCAACGACCUAAGCUGGAUAUCAACUGGACCGGAAUCACAAACCUGCUGGAUAUCCCCGGGCUCAACGCCUUCUCCGACACGAUGAUCAUGGAUAACAUCUCUUCUUUCUUGGUGCUGCCCAACCGGCUCACAGUGCCCCUAGUGGCGGACCUCCACGUUGCACAGCUCCGCUCCCCGCUGCCCCGGGGUGUCGUCCGGAUCCACCUGAAGGAAGCUCAGAACCUCCUCUCCAAGGACACCUUCCUGGGGGGGGCGAUCAAGGGCAAGUCCGACCCCUACGUGAUCCUGAGGGUGGGCACCCAAACCUUCACCAGCCAGACUGUGGACGACAACCUGAACCCCAAGUGGAACGAGAUGUACGAGGUCAUUGUCCAUGAGGUCCCCGGGCAGGAGCUGGAGUUGGAGGUGUUUGAUAAAGACCCCGACCAGGAUGAUUUCCUGGGCAGACUGAAGAUGGACCUGGGCUGUGUCAAAAAGGCACGAGUCCUUGAUGAGUGGAUCCCGCUCAAGGACGUGGAGAAGGGGAGCGUUCACCUGCGCCUAGAGUGGCUUUCUCUGCUCUCUACUGCAUCCAAACUGGAGCAGGUGCUUCAGCAGAACAGUGUCCUCGGGACCAAGAUCAGCGAGCCUCCCUCGGCAGCCAUCCUGGCUGUGUACCUGGACCGGGCGCAGGAGCUUCCUAUGAAGAAGGGGAACAAGGACCCCAGUCCCGUGGUGCUGCUGUCAGUGCAGGACACGACCAGGGAGAGCCGGACCUGUUAUGGCACCAAUAACCCCGUUUGGGAGGAUGCCUUCCACUUCUUCAUCCAGAACCCCAAGACCCAGGACCUGGACAUCCAAGUGAAGGACGACUCCCGAGAGCUCUCCCUGGGCUCGCUGUCCCUGCCCCUGGGUUGCCUGCUCAACAGGCAGGACCUCACGCUCGACCAGUGGUUCCAGCUGGAAAACUCCGGGCUGGCCAGCCGCAUCUACAUGAAGGCUGUGCUGAGGAUCUUGUUCCUGGACGGUGUCCCCCCCAAGUCUCCCCUGAGCUCCUCUCUCUCAGUGCCGCUCCCACAGGGGGGAGAGGGGGUGGUGACGGAGGAGAGAGCCCCCGAGGGGACCAGCGUAGACCCUCCUCCCCGCGUGUCCCGUCCUGAAUACAGCUCUGCGGACGACAGCUUCGCUACAGAGGGGGUGCUGCAUAUCCACCUGCUGGAAGCUCGGAACCUCAUUGCCAAGGAUAACUUCUUAAAGGGGAUGGUUAAAGGGAAGAGCGACCCGUACGUGGUGACCCGGGCCGGUGGCGUGACCUUCCGUAGUCAUGUGAUCAAGGAGAACCUCAACCCUCGCUGGAGUGAGCUGUACGAGGUGAUCAUGACGGAGGUGCAGGGACAGGAAGUGGAGUUUGAGCUGUUUGACAAGGAUGUGGACGCGGAUGACUUCCUGGGGAGGUUAAAGAUUGGCCUGAGAGAGAUCAUUACCAACCAGUACAUUGAUGAGUGGUUCACUCUGUCUGAUGUGAAGUCCGGUCAAAUUCACCUAGUUCUGGAAUGGCUGCCAAGAGUGGCUGACCCCAGCAAUCUGCACCAGGUCCUGCACACAAACACGCUGGUUUCCUACCAGAACAAAGUCCAGCCCUCCGCUGCCAUUCUGUCUGUCUAUGUGGACCGCGCCCAUGCACUUCCUUUGAAGAAAAACCUGAAAGAGCCCAAGGCAGGAGCAGAGCUGUCUCUGGGAGGGGUAGUUUACAGAACCAAGGUGUGUGAGCGCUCUACUGCCCCCGUGUGGCAGGAGGCCUUCACUUUCCUGGUCAAGAACCCCUAUGAGGACAUGCUGCUGGUCAAGCUCUCUCACUCCUGGGGUAUGCCUCUGGGCUCCCUGGUCGUCUCAAUGAAGGAGGUUCUGGCCGGAACGGACCUCACCCUUGACCGCUGGUUCCAGCUGGACGGAGCCGGACCCGAGAGUCAAAUCCUGCUGCGCGCCACGCUCCGGAUUCUGGUGCCCAAGUCAACAGAUUGCGCAGUGCGAGAGGGUGGCCCUGAAUUUAGAAGCAGCGUUCCUGUUGCAGACAGCACCACCCCUGGAGAGAGCAUGGAACUGCAGGAGGAGCCCGUCCCCGUCAAUAUCUCUAGCAAGGAGGAGUCUGGGACCAGUCAAGACCUGAGGCACAGACAGGUGUCCGCACAGAGUGAGAGUGAUCAGGUCUCGUCCCCUCUGGGUCAGGUGCGAUUAACCCUUUACUACCAGUGCCAGGAGGAGAGGCUGUUGGUGACGGUGCACUCCUGCAGGAAGCUGAAGGCCUGCUCGAAGGACGGCUCUGACCCCUACGUGUGUCUGAUCCUGCUGCCGGACAAGAACCGUCUGACCAAGAAGAAGACGGCGGUCAAGAAGAGAUCACUGAACCCGGACUACAAUGAAAAGUUUGAGUUCGACAUGGGGCUGGAGGAGGCUCGGAGGAGGAGGCUGGAGGUCUCUGUGAAGAACAGCGUCUCCUUCAUGUCACGAGAGAGGGAGCUCAUCGGGAAGGUCCUGAUUGACCUGUCGCAAGUUGAUUUGGUCACUGGGGUCGGUAAAUGGUAUGAUCUGCAGGAAGACGCCGCGUAACUGCCUUAGAAGUAUUGAGAAAACAAAUCUCUGCAACGCCUUUUAACUGCUUCAAAGAACAUAGUAUAUAAUCAGAGUUUUGAUUUUAUUUGAUAUUAGGGUUUUACUUCACCACACUGUUUUGCUUUAAACAGUGUCUUUUUUUAAAAUCUUGCCAUUCCAUUUUAUUGAGUUUUUAUAUCACUAUACGGGUAUAUUUGCCUUAGUAUUAUGUGCACCAAAUUGUACUUUUAAGUUGUUUUUUUUUCUGUUUUAAUGAAGAAGUAACUAGCUUUUUUAUUAUUAUUACUAUUAUUAGCAGGUACUAAUCAGGCUGAACCAUGGAGUCCUUAGGAAAGCCAUAAGUAAGAAAUAAGCCACCAAGACAGGGUGGGCAGUAUUGGGCCGAAGGGUGAACUUCUAGCCCCUGGAAGGCCCAGUAUUUAAUAAAAGGGCAACUGUUAUGAAAAAAAAAAAAAACAGAAACAAGUUUUGUAGUUUACAACUUGAACAGAGAAGUUUUAUUGAUUAUUAUUAUUAUUAUUAUUAUUAUUAUUAUUAUAAUCCUGAUGAGUAGGAGGCGCAAGGAUAUCUGUCCAGGUGAAAAGGCACUUAUGCCGGUACUUUUUAUUUCCUGGUCAUCUAUUGAAAGUUAAUGGACCCCAUCUGUCAAGGGUACUAGCCAGUGCGACGCCAGGAAAUAAAAAGCCAAUACUCUACAGAUUAAUAAAUGCAUACAAUGACAAAACACUGUCAGCAGGGUGCAUCCAUCUAUCAUACCUGCUUUUCCACAGAAGAUGCAGCUUUAUAUAUAUUACACAACACACACUGAAACCUGCAUAACAGACGAAGGCAUGCCCGGGCCAUUUACACAAGCGUGUGCUGCUGGCGGGUUGCCCUGUGUACUCCAGGGUUGGCGCUUGUGUUCGUGACGAAGGAUUCUGUUCCGUUUUCACUUGUAGGAUUUGUAUUAUUUACAUGCUGUUUUUUGUAUAUGUGUUAUUAUUGUAAAAUGCUGUGCUAUAGAAGACUGCCAAUUCCAGAGUGCUGUAUUACCCUACCCUUCACCUUUAACCCCACACUAAACUUUAACCAAAUGAUCUUUGUACGCAGGGGCAGCUGCCAGUGGUAGAAUCCACCUAGUAAUCCAUUGCAAAGCAAUCGUAGCAUAGAAGUGAACUGAGCCAACAAAUGCAGUAUUCAUUGUAUGUCUGUCCUGUUGAGACGCAGCGAUGGAAAAGCAUUUCCAGAGACUAGCACUCUGUGACAGUAACUAUGGUAACACAAUCACGGCAUAGUCUAUAUGUAGGAAUAACAGUACUUGUAGCUUGCGUUUCAUAAUGCCUGUGAAGUCAAGGUUGUUCUUCCUUCACUAGCAGCACUCCUUAAACUCUGUGCCUAUAUCACACAGGCUGUCCCUGAGCUGUUGCCUGCUGUGCUGAGUGUCAGUGUGCUGGUGGAUGUGCAUGUCACAGUGUUAUUGCAGUGGGGUGUGUAUAACAUGAGGGAGAUCUCCAGAGGGGCUUUAUUAAAGAGAGGGGGUUAACUCACAUGCUUAAGUACUUUUGUUUUUUUAAGUAUCGUUUUUACUGUGGACCAAGCACUCGUCCAAAUAAAUGACCAAAGACCGUUUUUUAUGGGA